CCCAGUUAAAGCCCAACCUGCGAUAGGACCCUUUAACCCUAAUUCCCAAAGCCAAUAAAACCCAAGCACCGUUCUUCGUUUCCAAUUUUCGCAGGUGCAGAGCUCCACACAGGUGUUACGAUCCCCUGCAACAGCUUCACCACCGCCGCUACCAUGGUGAACGUUCCGAAGACAAAGAAGACGUACUGCAAGAGCAAGGAGUGCAGGAAGCACACUCUUCACAAGGUUACCCAAUACAAGAAGGGCAAGGAUAGCAUCGCCGCUCAGGGUAAGCGCCGUUAUGACCGCAAGCAAUCCGGUUAUGGUGGCCAGACCAAGCCCGUCUUCCACAAAAAGGCCAAGACCACCAAGAAAAUUGUGUUGAGGCUUCAAUGCCAGGGCUGCAAACAUGUCUCCCAGCAUCCUAUUAAGAGAUGCAAGCACUUUGAGAUUGGUGGUGACAAGAAGGGAAAAGGAACUUCCCUCUUCUAAUUUCAUUGCUCCAGUUUGCUGUUUCAUCUUAUUUUGUUUUUUAUCCUUUGCUAUUUGCAGCAUUUUCUUUUUGCCAGUGUUAAGUUCUUAAAAUCUGAAGAUCUGUUAGCUAUACUUAAAUUUUGUACGUUGCGUUUGAGAAGUAUUCUAAUAUCAAUGACUAGUAUCCUUUGUUUA